AAACUGUCCAGGAAUAAAAGCUUCAGCUGCUUUUCACUCCGCGGACGUCUUCACCUGAGUGCCGAGUGCUGUGACGGCCCUGCUGACUAACCACAAUGAAGUAUUUGGUUGUGUUUGUUCUUGUUUCUCUGGCUUUCACUGCAUACGCAACUAGCCCUGGAAACAAAUGUUCCAGUGGUUGGUCAGGAUUUGGGAAAAAGUGCUACAAAUACAUAGCAGAAUCAAAACCAUGGGUUCAAGCCGAGCUCUACUGUCAGGUCCUGGGAGGAAACCUCGCGUCUGUACACAGUAACCAGACGCACUCCUUCCUUAAGAGAAUGACGAGACUCUCUGGCAGCUUCACGCGCACCUGGCUCGGAGCUCAGAACGCAAUCUGGGACACCGUGUGGUUCUGGUCCGAUGGCUCGGUGUUUGACUUCACGAAGUGGCACUCGGGCGAGCCGAACAACCCAGAAGGAUACGAACGCUGCCUGGAAAUGAACUACGGAGAUGAAGUCCUGUGGAACAACCUCCACUGCAACACUGAACUCUACUUUAUGUGUCAGAAAUCAGCAUUUUGAAUAACUCAUUAUACCUGCUCAGGACUGCCUAUAGCCUUAUUGUCACGUCUCAUUGUUAACUACAAAAAAUGGAAUCAUUACUUACAAUAUGAAAAUAAAAAUGGAUUACGCAGAUUAA